GCCCAUCUACUGCCAAGAGGGCCCUGUCUGGACGCUUUCUCCCUUCGCCACCUCCCUCCUCCUUCGACCAGCGCUUUUCGUUUAUUUGCCCUCCUUCUUGCACACGUUGCCUUCCUUGCUGACUUCUUCUUCUCUCCCCACUCAGUCUCAUCAACAAACCCUUCUACCAUUCCAUUCCAUUUUGAAACAGCCCUUGAUUCCGUCACAUCCUUUCUCACUCUUCACACUUCACUUGCACCUGCUCACUUACCCACUCACUCACAUCCCAUAUGGUUCUAGGCGGACAGAGGUACGAGUACCUUCCCAGCAACUCCCAGGACAGUAGUAACGAUCCCUCGUCCCUUUCGCCCAAUGCUGCAGCCAGGGGCUCGUCUUGGGCUUGUCUGGCCAGGAGGGGCUCUGAUCAGUCUACAAUUGGUGAUUUUGAGCUAAACCCUGUCAACGACCGCACUGGACUCACAAGCAGCACCAGGCCCUUGCCACCAGUCGCUCAGGAUUCACAGGAGGAUCUUCUUAUAUGUUCAGAAGCUACCUCCAAUACCCAUCUCGAGCCACCAGAGACCUCUCCUCGGCGUCGCAGAGGAUUCCACCAUAACCCCUCACAAGUCAAUGGCAGCACAUCAGGGCGUGGAAUAUCGUCUCGAUCCUCAGCGACCAACUCGCGGCUCGCCUCAAUGAAGCAGGUCCUCGACAGAGCCUCAACGAGGGUCAUCAACCUCACAGGAUCUUCUUCAAGGAGCCAGUCUUCUAUGCCUGAGGUCCCAAAUAUUUUCUUGAAUCAGCCCACAGAAGAGGAGGAACAGGAGGUCCAAAGUGCACACAAUGGCACAGCCACAGUCAGAGCUGCAGCCACGAUCACCGACACCAGCACAGACAUAGGAGCAGGCACAACUACAGAAGAGGCAAUGCGGAUAUCCAGGACAACCUCACCACACGUGGCAGGCAUCAACUAUUUUCAGCAAUUACCACUUGACCCUCAAUCAAUUGAUCCUCCACUUGUGGGCAAAUCGCUCUUCAUCUUCGGCCCCGACAGUCUGUUCCGCAAGAAGAUCAACCGAUUUCUCAACCGCACAGGGGUAGAGCUUUUGAUGCUCUUCUUGCUGAUGUUAAACCUGGCGUUCCUGGUAGUCAUGAUCUCCAGCCCGCCAGGAAAUGACACUGUCUGGGGCGCGCAUUGGACCGACUACGGGUUACUUGUGAUUUUUGUUUUAUACACCUUGGAGAUCGCUGCAAGAAUUGUCGUAUCUGGACUGGUCCUCAAAACAGAGGAAGGAAGCACAAUUCGCAAGCACUUUGGACCGAAGCAGAGGACCGAUAAUUUGCACGAUACCAACCCCACCAUCCUCCGAAAGCAGCAGACCAUGACUCCGGCAGUGACAUUUCGACCGCCGCAACCAUCACUUCCUCUGCAACACACGGCGGCAACUCGGGCAACCACGCUCCUUGAUUUUGCAGUUGGACGACAGACGACCGUGAUGCAGUAUAUUCCUACCACACUGGACCCAUUGAUUGAGUAUAGGCCCCAGUUCAUGGCAGAGAAGGCGCAACUACCGUUCCUCAGACAUACCUUCAACCGAAUCGACAUGGUCGCGGUCAUAUGCUACUGGAUCGAUUUUGCCCUCAUGAUGGCUGGCGUGCACAACAUUUAUUUUUUCAAAACCAUCGCCGCGAUGCGGACGCUUCGCCUGCUGAACAUUACAUCUGGAUCAUCUACUAUCCUGCAAUCUUUAAAGAAGAGCGCGCCACUGCUGGUCAACAUUGCCCUCUUUAUUGCAUUUUUCUUUGUUAUUUUCAGCAUCAUUGGAGUUCAGACAUUCAAGGGUUCCCUCUCAAGGCGUUGUGUACUUGCAUCGAACAAUAGCAUGGUUGUGGAAGAUCAGUUCUGCGGAGGACACUACAAUGUAUCAGCUCCCAACGGCAUAUCAUCAUAUCUUACAGUUGAUGGCGGUAACAGCCCAACCAGUCCUAAAGGAUAUAUCUGUGCUAGCAACUAUGUUUGCAAGGACACUGGAGAGAACUUUAAAGGCGUCAUAUCCUUUGAUGUAAUUUCCUCCGCAAUGGUUCCUGUUUACGUGUUGAUGACUGGACAGACAUGGACGGAUAUGAUGUACAGUAUCAUGGAUGCAGAGUACGCCUGGUCUGCUAUCUACUUUGUUCUAGUAGUCCUUGUCAUGAACUUUUGGAUCUUAAACCUGUUUGUCGCAGUCAUCAAUGAGAUGUUUGCCAAGAUCCGAGACGACUCUGCCAACAACUCUGCGUUCAAGUCGGAUGGAUCAGAAAAUAAAAUUGAUAUCCUGAGUGACAGUAUCAACAACUUUUCAUAUCGAACUCAAACGGACUCGGAGAUCCUCAGAAUGAAAUGGCUCGAAGGCUUGGAGUGUUUAUGGGUGCUUGCAGUCGUGGUAGAUCUUGUCUUCCAAUGCCUGCCACAAUACCGCACACCCCCAAGCACAAUUCAAAUCUAUGAUCGCGUCGAACUCUGGUUUACCGUCGCGUUCGCUGUUGAGAUUGUGAUUCGCUUCUUGUCUUGGCCUCCAACGCCCAAGGCUUUCUUUCAAAGCAAGAAGAAUUUGGUUGAUUUGUUCCUGGCUGUCAUAACGUUGAUCAUCCAGACCCCACUCAUCCAUAGGAGCCAAGCUUAUGUCUAUCUCACGAUUUUUCAGGUUCUUCGCGUAUACAGGCCCAUAAUUUAUGUUGGACGUCUCAGAUCCCUUAUCCAAAGAGUUGUUGGUAGCUGGAUCGGUCUUCUGAACUUGGUCUUGUUUAUUGCCAUGUUUCUGGGAGUCGUGUCAGUUAUGGCAGGGAUCCUGUUCAGGGAGAUUAUAGAUCCGGAUUCGUCCAGCAUGAACUUUUCGGACUUUUACGUCAGUUAUCUCGGCAUGUACCAGCUCUUCUCUGGAGAGAACUGGACCGAUAUCCUAUACAGCGUCAUGGCUGCAGAACUUCCUUAUAAGCAAGUCAUCAUUGCCACGGUGUUUAUUAUUGCAUUCUACAGCUUUGCAAACUUCGUGCUGGUGAACAUGCUUAUCGCCAUCAUCAUGGAGAACUUCGAAGGCGAGGCCGAGAUAGGCAAACAUGCCCAGCAGAUCGUGGAUUAUGCGUCAAAGGCAGGCUAUCCCAAAGAGGAGCAGCGAAAGUUUGUAGACUACUUGACGAAGUACCUUAAACCGCACCCCAGCUCGAUCGGAGUUGACACCAAGUCGUCUUCAUGGAGCCGCAAGAUGCGCAAAGGGUUGGCACGGGAGUAUCUCUUGGGCGACAAGGAACUUUUUCAUGCCACUAUUGAGAAGGAAAAGGAUCCACUACAGGAGUCGUCGAACCACAAAAAGAACCACCACCGUCGCAGAUCCAGCCAAUACGAACUACACUACGGUCCCUUGAACGAAGAUGAAAUUGACGACACAGAGCAUUUUAGGAAGCUCUAUGAUGCUCAUCGCCCAAGAUACGAGGAUGUGGAUGGCGCAUAUGAUGCAAUCGCAAAGCCCGAGCCCUUCUUUUCAGCAGCAGCCUUCCGUCAUCGCUCAUUGUUCAUUUUUGGACCCCAAAAUAAGAUUAGACGGUUCCUACAACAGUUUGUCACGCCAGGCCGCGGAUACCGCAUUGAAGGAAAACGCGAGAAUGUCCUCCUUAGCCGGCCUUUUAACAUCUUUAUCACCCUCGCCAUUCUACUCUGCGUUGGCGUCGCGGUCUACACAACACCUGUCUGGCGCCUUGAACAGUCGAAACUACCAUCCAAGGAUCAGAACGCCAUCGUUGGCAUCUCAGACUAUGUAUUCCCGCUCUUUUUCGCCAUAGAGUUCCUUAUUCGGGUCAUCGCCGAUGGCUUUAUCUUUACACCGGAUGCCUACUUGAAGACGCUUUGGAACCAGAUCGAUUUCUUUGUCCUCCUUUCGCUCUAUGCUCCUCUGAUUGCCACUAUUACCAAUUCACAAGGGACAUCCAGGUUCUUCCGAGCUCUUAAGGCUUUAAGAGCCCUCCGUCUCAUCAACCAGUCCGCCUACAUCAAGAAUACCUUCCAUGCUGUUUUGGUCGCAGGGUUCCCACAGCUUCUUGACGCUACCCUAUUGUGCAUGUCGAUUCUGGUGCCUUUCGCGAUUUAUGGUAUGCGUCUGUUCGCGGGCCUGUUCUUUUCCUGUAACGAUUCCAGUGAAGGUAUCCUUUCCGUCGACGAUUGUGUGGGUACGUUUGUUACGGAGGACAACGUCACGAUGCCUCGGGUGUGGUCCAACCCUCAUGUAUACAGCUUUGACAACUUUUGGGCGUCUUUCUUGAUCCUAUUCGAGAUUGUCUCGCAGGAAGGAUGGACGGGAGUCAUGGAAACUGCACGCAAUGUUGCGGGAUUGGGACAGCAGCCACACCAGGACGUCUCCCGCUACAAUGGCAUCUUCUUUGUCCUGUUUAACUUGGCAGGAGGAUACUUUGUCACUUCGUUGUUUGUUGCGAUCGUUAUCGAGAACUACACAAAGCGAACAGGGACAGCGUUCAUGACAGCGAACCAGCGACGAUGGAUGGAUCUGAAGAAGCUACUCGGAGGAAUUAAGAUGAGCAAGGCCAAGACAACUCCUCCUAGCAACCCAAUCCGGGCGCUUUGUUUCCGCAUAGCCUCGUCCAAGAGGGGACGGUUUUCUUUGCUGCUGACGACUGUUACGAUCGCAAAUGGUGUGGUACUUGCGACUGAACAUAUUGAUUCUAGAGACUGGGAAGGCGUAAAGAACUGGAUUUUUUUGGCUUUGCUCUUGGUCUUCAUGUUCGAGAUCUUUGUCAAAAUCUGUGGAUUGGGCUGGACCGCGUAUAGGAAGAACCGAUGGAACGUCUAUAACAGCACGGUGUCAAUUUGCGCCUUGAUUAUCACGAUUGCACGACUCUUGGGUUCUGAAUGGCAGCCCCUGAUCCAGACACAAAAGCUGUUCUUGACGGCGAUUCUAUUUCGCCUGGUGCCCCAUAGCAACAGCCUGAACCAGCUGUUCAUGACUAUGGCUGCUAGUAUCAGGUCUAUCGCUAGUCUGUUUGGCGUCUGGCUCGUGGUGUUUGCGGUAUACGGCAUCAUGUUUGUAGAGAUUUUUGGUUUGACCUCGUAUGGUCCCAAUGGCUCGACGCACGUCAACUUUAGAAACUUCGGGACAUCGCUACUGAUGAUGGCAAGAAUGUCUACUGGUGAGGGAUGGAAUGACUUGAUGCACGAUUUCGCGGUCGAGAUGCCCAACUGUGUGAACGAGCCAAACAACUACCUACUUUCGGAUUGUGGAUCGACCGCCUGGGCCUACACGCUCUUUAUCACAUUCAACAUCAUCUCGAUGUACAUCUUCACCAACAUGUUUAUCGUUGUGGUGAUGCACAAUUUUUCAUACGUCUAUCAAAUCGCCCCGGGGUUUUCACUAAUCACUCGAGAGGAGAUCCGAGGCUUCAAGCGAGUCUGGGCUGAGGUUGAUACGGAUCAUAUCGGCUACAUUCAAGAGAAGGAUCUUACUCGAUUCUUGAUGAAAUUGAGGGGUGUGUUCGAUAUGCGUGUUUUCAACGAAGAACACUCGCUUGCCAAACUCCAGUCAAGAUUAGAAACCGCCAAGCCCAACGCGGUCAAAAUGUCUGCGAGGGAUUUGGAAAAGAGCUCUGCUGGUACCAAUACGCAGCGUAGAGUUCUGAUGUUAAACCAAACCAACCGCCGGUCGACAUAUAACUUAGACGAGUCUCAAGUGGAGAAGGGACAGGACUCGUCCUCGCGGCCUAACCUAUACGACAAGGUUCACCAGGAUUAUAAUCUGGCCGCCUUCAACUCUGCGAUCGCCAGCGUGAACAAGACAGAGGUCCGCAAAAGACGGAAAGUCUAUAACUUUUUGUACGCAGAAGCGGUGAUGUCAAUGGAGCCCAUCCCAGGAACAGAGCUGAAGACGAGAAGGAGGUGGCCCCAUUGGUUUUCUUCGUUUUUUGGAGGUAGUAGAAUAGGUUCUGACGUGGGAUCUCCUGGAGCGGGGGACUACGAGAUGGGCGAGAUCGGAGAGGAGUUUAUGGAAGCCCAAUGGGGUGUAUCGUUUCCAAAGAUGCUGACGAUCUUGGCGCACUACAAGUUGAUCGAGGACGACCAGUGCCUGUCCAUUGGUGAUAUGCUUCGUCACCGUCAGAAAAUGGACCGGAUCCAUGCCCAUAUCAAUGUGGUUUACGUUCGGAGUAUCCUUCUCAGGAUGGUUCUGCGACAGAGAUUCUUGAAGCACUAUGCAAAGGUUCAAAAGAUCCGUGCCUUGACGGAUGAUACCUCCUCAUCCACCCAAGUACAAUCGCAGCAACACAGCGCACCCGAAAGUGAUCGAUCUUACAGCGUGGGCGGCGGUACUGGUGCAGGCGUCGGUUCCCUUGCUCAACAAGCCCCCACGAUCGUGCAUUCAACCUUCUCUACGGAUUCAAACAGCAAAAUCUCCUCCAGUGAACAGAAGCGCGUCAGAAUUAAUAUCGGAGAUUCGAAAAUCGCUCCUGCAGAAGCUGCGAGUCUGGGUCCCUCGUUCAUGAGCGAAAUCGACAAGGCGGCCCUCGAAAAGGGAGAGCAGCUUCAUCGUGAACAGGCUGAUGCCAUGAUCGACGGCUUGCGGUCUGAGUGGCGUUCAUUCAUUCGGAGUUACGAUCUUUCUGUAGCAGGGACUGUGCAGGGAACUGCAUUGGAUAUGGGCUCGGCUCAAGACCCGACAUUACAGGAUUUUGAGGAUAUGGACAGGAGUGCGUCCCAUGGUCAAGAAAAAAACUUGGGCCGAGACUACCUCUAGAUGGUCAUUAAUUUUCAGCAUGUAAAACUAAACACUCUUUGACCGAAAUAUCAAUUAUCUGUAGUUUCCAUCGCGAUGCCGGUCUAUAGAGCCUAUUAUAAAUCCACUACAUUAACUUGAUGUAGCUCAUGUGUAAUAAAGUCUAAAGCACGCACGUCUUUAAUGACGAUGACGUUGCUGUUUCUUGUAG